AUGGUAGAGGGAAGAAAUGUUACAGAAAUCACCCAGUUCAUCCUCUUGGGGUUCUCAGAUUUGCCUACAAUGUUAACAAUGCUCUUUAUUGUGUUCCUCUUAAUCUACAUUACCACUCUGACAUGGAAUUUGUGCCUUAUUAUAUUAAUAAAGAUGGAUUCCCACCUUCACACACCCAUGUACUUCUUUCUCAGUAAUUUGUCCUUCUUAGAUGUCUGCUAUGUGAACUCUACAGCUCCAAAGAUGCUCUCAGGAUUUUUCCAGGAAAAGAUGACCAUCACCUUUGUGGGUUGUGCUGUUCAGUACUUUGUCUUUUCAUUGAUGGGCCUGAGUGAGACUUGUGUCUUGACCGCCAUGGCUUAUGACCGCUAUGCUGCCAUCUGUAAUCCACUCCUCUAUUCAUCAAUCAUGUCACCAGCCCUUUGUAUCCGGAUGGUAUUAGGAUCCUAUAUAGCUGCAUUCUUGGGUGCUAUAGCCCAACUGUGUAUCAUACUUCAGCUGUACUUCUGUGGACCUAAUAUUAUCAAUCACUUCUUCUGUGAUAUGCCCCAACUGUUAAACUUAUCCUGUAAUGACACUUUCCUUUCACGACUCAUAUUGGCUAUAGUAACCAUGCUCUUUGGAGUGACAAACCCCCUGAUUAUCAGCGUAUCCUAUGUCUAUAUUGUCCUUUCCAUCCUAAAGAUCACUUCAGCUAAAGGCAGAGUCAAAGCUUUCAACACCUGUGCUUCUCACCUGACUGCUGUCAUCCUCUUCUACACCUCUGCUGUUUUUGUUUAUCUGAAUUCUAGUGCUAGGAGUUCCCCAACCUUUGACCGACUUGUAUCAGUAUUCUAUACUGUGUUGAUCCCCAUGUUGAACCCUUUGAUUUAUAGUCUGAGGAACAGAGAUAUAAAAAAUGCCUUCAAAAAGAUUCUAAAGAAGAAAUACUACUGCUGA